AUGGGUAUCCAACGCGAUGGCCAGACAUCACAGGCUGGAUCCUCCAGCACCAUCGACCCGUUGGUUCGAAAGUUUGGACCGCUUCAAGUCCUUGAUGACUUGAUCCGCUUACGGGCUGCGGACUUUGUUCAGCAUCCAAUUCUUGCCUACCCUAGUUCUGAGAAGGAUCCAGCUUCUUAUGAUUACUAUACCGGGCAAGACUUGGACAGCAUGAUCAACCAGGCUGUCACAAUGCUCAUGGAUGACGGAUUCAAGCAGCCAACACGAGAUGGAUCCAUCGUGGCACUUCUCACGCUAUCAGACCUUAACAUGGUCGUCACAUUUUUCGCCCUGAGCCGACUAGGCUACACUGUCAUGAUGCUUUCACCAAGGCUUUCAGGCGAAGCGUGCGUAUCAUUGCUGGAAACAGUAAACUGCGAGACAAUCAUCUAUGGCAACUCCCCUAACACCCGCUCUACGUUGGGCGAGAUUCUCCGCCGGAAAUUAGUGAGCUGCCGCCCAAUGCUCUCGGGCUCGUCAUACAAGAAGACGGAGUCAUCGUUCCUUGUUCUACAUCAAAAUCGGAGCCCAGCAAAGAUUGCAUUGAUUCUUCAUUCAUCGGGAUCAACAGGCAUCCCGAAACCACUGUUCCUCACGCAUAAAGCCCUCAUGACACAUCCUCUGCGAGGUCCCGGACUCACAACAUUUAACCCCUUGCCAUGGUAUCACCUUCAUGGACUGUCCACCGCAUUACAAGCGAUGUGGAUGAGAAAGACCGCCUACAUGUGGAAUGCGGCCCUGCCCUUGACCGCAGAUUCCGUUGUCACUGCUCUGGAAGAAGCGAGACCGGAGUCCGUAGCAGCGGUCCCAUAUAUGCUUCAAAUCUUGAUCGAUGACCCUCGCGGCAUAAGGGCUCUACGGGAAUGCAAGCUGGUCACCUACGGAGGUGCACCAUGUCCCGACGAGCUAGGUGAUCGCCUAGUCAGUGAAGGAGUGCAUUUUGGAGGUUCAUUCGGACUUACUGAGGCUGGCCUCGUUGCCGAGUCAAUAUCCCGUCCAAAAGGUGACCCUCAUUGGAACUAUUUGCGAUUCUUUGACAAUAUCCUACCAUAUAUCUGGAUGAAACCUGUCUCCGAGUCAGACUCACUUUACGAGUGUGUUUAUCUUGCUGGUCAUCCAGCGCUCACGACCUCGAACUCCAAUGACCCACCAGGAUCCUUCCAUUCCAAAGAUGUCUUCUCUCCUCAUCCUACCAUUCCGGGACGAUGGAAAUACAUGUCAAGACUGGACGACCGCAUCAAUCUCGUCAACGGCGAGAAGGUUCUACCACUGCCUAUCGAGGGUCAUAUCAAACAACACCCUUUGAUCCAUGAUGCAGUGGUAGUUGGAGUGGGCAAGGCUGCUCCGGGGCUUCUGAUCUUCCGAGCACAUGACGCUCAAGCCGAUCAUCUAACGGAUAACCAAUACCUUAAUUUGGUCUGGCCGACUAUCCAAGAAGCAAAUUCCCGAGCAGAGGCAUUUUCUCAAAUUGCCCGCAACCUGGUCGCUAUCUUGCCGCAUGAUGCCAAGUUCCCUCGGACAGACAAAGGGUCUAUGAUCCGGGCACAGGUGUAUCAGGAGUACGGUGAUCUCAUUGAAAGCUUGUACAAUAAAGAGGAACAUGUCACCGGUAACCUUGAGCUUAACGUUGUUGAGACUGAGCGUGUACUUCUUCAACUGGCCCACCAAGAACUUGACCUACCCAUCUCUGGCGUUGACGCUGAUUUCUUCACCGAGGGUGUUGAUAGUCUGAAGGCGAUACACUUCCGCCGUCUCAUUCUUCAGCAUUUCAAGUUCGGCUCUGACCAGAUACCCGGCCCUAACGUCAUAUUUGGGACGGGGUCUAUAUCCCAACUCGCUCGGUCCAUCUAUGCAUUGCAAGAUGAGAAAAUUCUUGAAAAUCCCGCGAAUGAUACAUCUCUCAUGACAGCCAUGAUUGAGAAGUACUCCUUCUUCGACAGACAUAUCCCCCAACCACAUACCUCCUCAACCCAGAAGAGCGUGCUGUUGACAGGAGCAACAGGGUCAAUCGGCGCUCACAUCCUAUAUGAGCUCCUCAACGACAGCACCAUCACAACAGUCUACUGCCUCACCCGACGCGAUAACCCACUGCAAGCAAUCCUCGACACCCUCAUUUCCAAGGACCUCCACAUCUCCCCAGACCAAAAAACCAAAAUCCACGCCUUCAACAGCCGUCUCGACGAACCAGACUUCGGCCUCUCUCUCGACGAAAGCACAAUAACGCAUAUGCUGACAACAACCUCCCUAAUAAUCCACACAGCCUGGCCCGUGAACUUCAACCUCCCCCUCCCCCAAUUCUCCCCCCACAUCCACGGCCUCCACAACUUAAUCCAAUUCUCCCUCUCAGUCCACAGACGCGAGCCCGCCGUCCUGCUGUUCUGCUCCUCAAUAUCCACAGCCCUUGCCUCCAAAUCACCAUCCAUCCCCGAAGAACCACUCAGUCUAGACAGCGCCUACAUGGGCUACGGCCAGUCCAAGCUGGUCGGCGAACGGAUCGUCAGUAACGCCCGAAAAAUCGGCGCAAGAGCGUACUCCCUGCGUAUCGGACAGGUCUCGGGCCACUCGAAAAGGGGGCUUUGGAAUGACUCCGAGGCACUGCCGCUGAUGAUUCGCUCGGCGCUGACGCUCGGUGCGUUGCCGGCAUUGUCGCCGCAGACUUGCUCUUGGCUGCCCGUUGACAAGCUGGCAGUGGCGGUUCUGGAGAUUGCGGCGAAAUGUACUAAGCCGGAAACGUAUAGUUGUGCGUCUGGCUCGGUUGUGAGUGAUGUGAUUGAUGACUCGAUUUUCAAUUUGUGGAAUUCUAGGGAAUUCGCGUGGGAGGAUUUGCUUGCUAAGCUGAGGGAAAGUGGGUUUUGUUUUGAGACUGUUGCUUUUGAGGAGUGGUUGGUGAGACUAAGGAGGAGUGAGGGGAGAGGUGAGGAGGGUGUUAAUCCGGCGGUUAAACUCAUUCAGCAUUAUGAGACUAUGUAUGGGGGGAAGACUUUGGGACCCAAGAGGUUUGUUACCGAGAAGGCUGAGAGGGAUAGUGUGACUUUGCGCGAUGGGAGAUUGAGGAUUAUUGAGGAUGGGAUUUUGGGAUGUUAUGCGCGAGAUUGGUUGGAGAGGUGGACUUGA